AUGUCCGCCGAUUCGCCACGUGGCGGCAUUCUGGGCCGCGCGUUGCGAGACACCGCCGAAGACAUUGACACGGCGCCGUUACGCAGUUCCCGAAGGGUCCCAAUACAGGUAAAUGCGAGGCAAAAGACGAAAAAUGGGUCGGCGGAUUUGAACCAAUGACGUUAGAUUUUCAAAAAUGGCAGUCGUUAGCCACUAGGCCACGCGCAGCAUCUUGAGAAAUGGAUGUGAAGUUCGGAGAGUAUUUUGCGCGCGGCGCCCAUUUUUGGCAUUCGACUUUCAGACCGAACUCAUUUUUCAUGUUGCUUUUUCCAGAAAAGUAACGUUAGACGGGCCGCGUGUGUGUGUGUGUACGCAUUCGCGGCAACAAUUAUUUAGUGUACCUGGCGUAUCCGUUUUUCGUCAAAAUUGAGACCCCACGUCUCUUUAGUAAAAAGACAGACGAAGAAGAAGAAGAAGCAUGUCGAAAUAUGGGCAUAGGAACUCGAGAGAUUUCCGGCCGUAACAGAGAGAAGAAAACUUCUUCUUCGUCUUCUUCUUCUUCUCUCUUCCACACAAACAGAUAUACGAAAGGGGGAGAAGGAGGAAGCGAUGUUUGAUGCUCCGAUUGUAUAUAGGUGCAAGUACGCACCGGGGAGGUCUUCUGAACUCUCGAGGACUCCCCAGGUAGCCUAGAGGGACCAGCGAGGUUAGGUCGUGCAGUUGCGAAGUGUCCAAUAGCUGAGUUGCGAACAUUCCCACAUUGCAACCGCUUCCUAGAUUUCGAGUUUGAAGAACUUUGGGCUACAGAUACUUGUACCACCACGGUCUCCAGAGCUGACAAUAUGGGCGUGGCCUCGGCGGCCAAAUGGCGUUUUCAUAAAUUGAGCACGUUUUUUCUGAUUUUUGUGGUCAAAGACGAUGAAAAAUGAUUGUUCGGCAUGAAAACACACUAAUUCUCGGAAUUAGUGACGUUUUGGCGCAUUUUUCGCGGACUUUUCGACAGAAUUGGUUUUGAGAAUGAUAAAUCACGUAAAUACAAGUAUUUUGAGCGCUCGAACCGCGAAAACUACCGAAAAGCAACUGAAAUUCACGCAGUUUUAGCCAAAAACCUUCAAACGGAUAAAUUUGAUUUGCGAAUUGACCAAAUUUGACGCUCUUUCGCUUAAAAAAUUCGUAAUAGCCUAUACAAUCGGUCUAUCGAGAGAAAAAUGAGAAAUUAUCGGUUUUUCGUGGCUAAUCUGGCAAAAAACACAAAUUUCGCGCCAAUGUAUCGCUCUAUUGGGCGGGGCGCACUUGCGCGCCCAUUGUCAGCUCUGGAGACCGUGUACCGUUCAAAAACGAGUUGAUUGCGAAGUGUCAUUCCAGAUGAUUUCCACUUCGCAACCGGGUCCAUCCCACGUGACCGUCGUCUCCGUCCCCGGACCUCUUCCGCCCACAUCCCAUCACACAGAAACGCAUCGGACCGAGCACACGACAUCGGCCAGCCGGUUCAUAAGGUACGUGCAUUCACAUCGAAGUAACCUUAAUCAUGUUUGUUCUAGAAGACGUCGUCCAUCGCGAGAAGCCAGCACAACAACCACGACAGUCGGACCGUCGGAUUCGCGAGUCAGUUCGGGCAGCACAGUGGGCGAUCACCGCCCGAAAUCGGCCGAAGACGCGCGGAGAGAGCGACGACGGAGCGGCGGUGGGAAUCAGGGAAUGUUGGCCCGAGGACUGCGGGAGAUGAACCAGGUGGUCAGGGAACUGGAGAAGGCGAGCGAGGAGCCGACGACGCGGCACGGCAUUCUGGGCACGGCGCUCGAGGACAUGAAACACGUCACUUAUCACACGAUCUAUCGGAGGGACGAAGCGCCAAAGGUGGGAAAAGAGUUUCACUUGUUUAGAAGUACUCCCUGACCGACAUUGCACAGUUUAGGGACCAACCAUAAUACAGUUGUACAACCGUUCUAGUUGACAACUUUUUCAUAUUAUCACUCUGAAAGUCUGACUUUCCUAAUGCUAUUAUAGGGGCACCGGACAGAAAUGGCGCUCUGUUGAGAAACUCUUUUUCAGUGCAAAUUGAGCGACCUCGGGGCCGAGUUUGAAAAGUUAGGCCACAUUUUGAGUGGAAAGUUGCGUCGCGCGGCCUAGAAAUUCGGCCAGAUUGCGAACAGAGCGCCCUUUCUGUCCGAUGCCCCUAUAAUAUCCUUUAUUCAUUUCAGAGAUCGCGUUCGUUCGACGACAAGGACGACGCGAGUCGAGUGGGAAUGAUCGAGCGACUGCUCCGUCACCACGACCCGCUCGAAAUGAAACGAUUGGGUCUUACGGUAGGCGCACAACUUUUUUAUUCGAUUGGAAAGUCGUAAAACUCUCGUUUUAUAGCCUACCCUCGUAAACUGGAAUUGAAAUUGAAAUUGACGCCUUUGGUGCAUAAAUUGGAUGAAAUGAAUGAGGGUUUUUAGCGCACCAGGGGUCUAAUUCGUGUCAAGCGGGGUGGGCAUUUGGCCGGCCCUUGUACCUGGACUUUUGAACCGCUUGCAAUGUUCCGAUCGGACCCAAACUUUGCACGCUUCUUGGACAUGGGCUGAAGCAUAUUGGGACCAAGUUUCAGCCCGAUCGGAUCAUCUGGUCCCGAGAAAUGUGGAUCAUUGGCCGAAAUUGGCCGAAAGCCCGGGCAUUUUGGAAAAAAUCGGCUAAUGAUCCACAUAUCUCGGGAGCCGACGAUCCAAUCGGGCUGAAACUUGGACCCAAUGGCCCUCAAUCCAAGUCCAACAAUCCUGCAAAGUUUGGGUCUGAUCGAAAUAUUGCAAGUGCUUUGGGGUCCUCUUCAAAUGCCCUUUCUUUCAGGAGUUGCUGAGCUCGGACGACCCUCGAGCCGACUCCACAACGCCCGUUCCCACUGCGCAACCGGCGCUCCGCAGAAGUUCCACUCAUUUGACGAUCGGAAAGAACUCGCGAGUCAUAUUUGUUCCGAAGCAGAAGAGUCGCGAAAGUGUGACUCCGCCGGAGAGAAUGCUCGGAAAGCCGCCGUUCCGGGAGAGCAUCACGUCGCACACGUCUUCGCACGAGGAGAUGGCCGCCGAGGACCUCGCGAUGGCCGAUCCGCAGACCAAGAUAUUGUACUUUGCGAAGAGGGACGAGUGGCCAAAUGUGGAAGUCGAGAUGGAGACGAUCAAGCGGAGCGACUUCAGCAUGGCCGACAGUGUGAGUUGUGAACGAGUAUUGUUGAGUUAGGAAAUGUCCGAUGCUUCUGAAACUUAUUGAGUACUCUUGUACGACAGUUGCUGCGAUUACUGUAGCUCUUCAAAGUUAGAUAUGUCUAGGGGCACAUUCAUCGCAAUCGAAACUUUCAAGAGCUACAGUACUCCAGGGAGUGAUGCUACAAAAUAGUUGUGUAAAAACUCCUGACUGUAUAGCACUCAUUUUCAGCACGGAUUCACCUCGUUCCUGCUCGCUGUCAAGGCUGGAAAAGAUCAGAUAGUCGACAAGAUGAUCCGGAAAGGCGCGCGCGUCGACUACAUCACGAAAGACGGCCGCAACGCCGCGCACAUCGCCGCCAUGUACUCUUCCGUCGAAACUCUUGAGCUGAUCCUCAAGCGAUACUCGGAGCUGCUCCGCAAGCCGGCGGGACCGAAGAAGCAGCUGCCGAUUCACGUGGCGUGCGAGCGCAAAUCCAAGAAAGCGUUCCCGAUCGUCAAGCGGAUUCUGGAGGACACGGAUCAGCGACUGUCCGAGGACGGCGAUGGAUCGCUGCCGAUCCACUUGGCGUUCAAGUUCGGAAAUGUGAAUGUGGUCGAACUGCUGCUGUCGGCGCCGUCGGACGAGCAGACGAAACGGCCCGACGGGAACGGAGACAGCCUCCUGCAUCUGGCCGCCCGUUCCGGAAGCAUCGAUGCGGUGAGGACGGCGAUCGCGGCCGGCUGCGACAAUGCGAACAUGCAGAACACGAUGGGCAGGACGCCCCUUCACGAGGUACCGUAACCUUAGGAGUGAUGGUACAAAAAAGUUGUCAAUUGCAAAGAUGCUGUGCUAGACAAGAACGCCAACUUUCUAGUUGACAACUUUUUUGUACAACUAAUGCCCGGGAUACUGUAGGGCAGUGUUGAGCGGAAUUCCGUCUGCCGUCUUCCGUCUUCCGUCUUCCGUGGUUUUUUUGUUCCGUCUUCCGUCUGCCGUCUUCCGUAUAAGAAUGUUUCUUCCGUCUGCCGUCUGCCGUCUUCCGGGAUUUUUUUUUCUUACCGUAAAAGAGUAAUAGCUUUUCAAAAGCCAUUUACUAGUCCCGAAGAACGCGAAUUUCCACGGGCAGUACCCAGAUCCAAAAGUUUUGUUGCUUUAGUUAUUUUUUUCAAAAAAAAAACCGGAAAAAAAGGCUCUGAAUUGACGAUUUUUUGUUCCGUAUUCCGUCUGCCGUCUUCCGGGAAAAAAGUUUUCUUCCGUCUUCCGUCUGCCGUCUUCCGUGAGAAAAAUUUUCUUCCGUCUUCCGUUUUCCGUGUUCAGUAAGAAAAAUUUUCUUCCGUCUGCCGUCUGCCGUCUUCCGUAUUUCAAAAUUCCAUUUCCGCUCAACUCUGCUGUAGGGCUUGGAAUGGUUGACUAACGUACUGAAAAUUCUUGUUGCAGGUGGCCGAAGUGGGGGAUCAGAACAUGCUGAAGAUCAUGUUCAAACUGCGCGCCGACGCGAACAUCCACGACAAAGAGGACAAGACGCCGGUGCACGUGGCGGCCGAACGCGGAGACACUCAGAUGGUCGAGUCGCUCAUCGACAAGUUCGGAGGCUCGAUCCGAGCACGCACGCGGGACGGAUCCACCCUUUUGCACAUCGCCUCGUGCUCCGGCUUCGCCAAUACCGCGUUGGCGUUCUUGAAACGAGGUGAGCGCAGAAUUCUGAGAUUGUUGGUGGUGUUUUUCCUGAAAUUUAAAAGACCAGGGAACCUAAAAAUUUUUUGAUUUGUUUGUGAAAUUUUUUGUGACUGUUUGAAUUGUCUCUUAUUGCCUCAUACACUGGUGAAACGCUGCCUCUCAAAAAUGCCAAUGAACGAAACGGCGGGCAGUUGAAGUUGUGGCCGUGGCCUAGCGCCAAUGGCCGAAAAAUAUAUAAAAAUAUAUGCGCUUCUCGGCCAUUUUAUUUUUUCCGCUUUUUUACCGGUUUUUUCCAAAAAUUCACGGUUUCUCCCAUUUUUCAGUUGAUUGACAUUAGUUCGGCACUUACUUAUUUUUUCACUGCUAAAAAAUUGUUUUCAUUCAGUCGAUACGAAGUGCCAGAUGAGUGGUUUCCGUGGAACAAGGGCGAUUUUAUCGCAAAAAAACCGAAAAAAAGCGAAAAAAAUAAAAUGGCCGAGAAGCGCAUAUUUCUAGGCCAUUGGCGCUAGGCCACGGCCACAACUUCAACUGCAUGCCGUUUCGUUCAUUGGCAUUUUUGAGAGGCAGCAUUUCACCAGUGUAUAAGGCAAUAAGAGACAAUUCAAACAGUCACAAAAAAUUUCACAAAAAAAUCAAAAAAUUUUUGGGUUCCCUGGUCCUUUAAAAGUACCGUUCCAGGCGUUCCCCUAUUCAUGCCGAACAAGAAAGGCGCGCUGGCGCUUCACUCGGCCGCCGCCGCCGGAUUCAACGACGUCGUCAAGAUGCUGAUCGCGCGCGGCACGAAUGUGGACGUGCGCACUCGCGACAACUACACGGCCCUCCACGUGGCAGUCCAAUCGGGAAAAGCGUCGGUCGUCGAGACGUUGCUCGGAAGCGGAGCGGACAUUCACGUGAAGGGCGGAGAACUCGGACAGACGGCGCUGCACAUUGCCGCCUCGCUGAACGGACCCGAGAGUCGAGACUGUGCGAUGAUGCUGCUCAAGUCGGGCGGACAACCCGACGUGGCACAAAUGAACGGCGAGACGUGCCUUCAUAUUGCCGCACGGAACGGAAAUAAGGAGAUUAUGAGGUAGUCUAUUCGAAACGUUAUAUCUCAGCUGUGGGUAGAUGUGCCAAAAAAUGAUCAAUUGCACAAAAGUACACCAUGUUUUGCUGAACACUUUAUCAGUUGAAAACUUUUUGAUAUCUCCACCCACAACCGAGAUAUGGCCUUUUGAAACUGACGAUUCUACACUAACUUCAGACUUCUGCUCAACGAAGACGCCGACGCGCAAAUCUGCUCGAAUAUUGGAGAAACACCGAUUCAGGUGGCCGCAAAAUCUUGCAAUUUUGAAGCCGCUUCCAUGGUACUGAAGCAUUUGUCGGAGAUUUUGACGCCAGAGCAGCUCAAAGAGCAUGUGAAUCAUCGGACAAAUGUGAGCGUUUUGUGAUAGCUUCAAUGAGUAUUGUAGGGCUGUAGAAUGCUCUACGGCUUUGAAACUUUUAAAGUGGAAACUUUGUGUCUAGUACUUGCAUUUUCUAGUUGACAUCUUUUUUCCAGGACCACUUUCUGGAGUACUGUAGCUCGGGGAAGUUGGCCUUGCCAUGCACUUGCAUCAACUGACCCUAACUUCCAAGAGCUACAGUACGCCAGGAAGUGGUGGUACGAAAAAGUUGUCAACAACAAAAUUAAAGUACUAGAUGUGAAGUUUUCACUCAACAAUUUUCACAGCUGUUGCACGUUUCCUGAACCUACAAUACUCGUUUAAAGUGGCAAAAACGUGACAAUUCAAACAAAACGUUGCCUGAUUGCAGGACGGUUUCACAGCGCUCCACUACGCCGCUGAAAUCGAGCUGAAACAGUUGCAUUUUCCGGGCGAAGACGCGAAAUUGGUGAAUCUGCUCAUCGACUACGGCGGAAUGGUCGAAAUGCCGUCGGUGAACGCGAACGAGACGGCGAUGCACAUGGCCGCCCGGAGCGGAAAUCAGGCGGUCCUGCUGGCCAUGGUGAACAAGAUCGGUGCGGGCGCCGUGCAGAUUGUGCAGAACAAGCAGAGCAAGAACGGAUGGUCGCCGCUGUUGGAGGCGUGCGCCCGCGGACACACCGGAGUCGCCAAUAUCCUUUUGAAGGUGAGUUGA